AUGGAAGAAUCACACAAUAUUAAAAAAUUAAAGGACGAAGACGAAGAUGCAAUGAUCAAAUUGAUCCAUAAAGUAAUGAGAGAAAAGAGUAAUUCUUGGAUUGAAUGGUGUCAAUUAAUUGCAACAAUAUGUAUUCCUGUCAUCAUUGUUACCUAUACAAUAAUUCAAGAUCGUCAGAAUCUUCACGAAGCUAAUAUGAGUCGUGAAUCUGAAAGUCAAAUAGCAGAAGGCAAGCGUUUAAAUGAACUUUUAAUCGCAGAAGAAAAUCGACAGAAAGAUCGUGAUCUUGCUAAAGAUCAACAAUGGGAAAAUAUUCUUGUCGAAUACCAUCGAUUUCUUUCAGGAUUACUUAUUGAGAGAAGUUUAUCUGUAUUCGCACCUUUAUUGCCACGUUUAAGAGAUGAAGAUAAGAUGGCCAUAUUAUUAAUGACAUAUAACGCGUUGAAUCAAUUAGAUCCCAAACGUAAACGUCAUGUUAUUCGAGCUCUCUAUGAAUAUAAAUUGAUUGCCAUUAAGAUCAAUACCCAAUUAAAGGAUGUAAGCAUUUUAGAUGUUGGAAAAAUUGAUUUAAGCAAUGUCGUACUUGGUUCUGUAUAUGAUUCACAAAGUUUACAAUCACGAACGUUUUUAAUUGAUUGGUAUUAUCUUCGCCUACCAGGAGCCAUUUUCAGAAACGCCUCGAUGCGUCAUGCAGCACUAGAUUGCGUUAAUCUUUCUGCUACUAACUUUGAUUCAGCUGAUCUUAGUUUUGCGUUUACUGGAUCUCUGAAAUGUUCCAAUAGGACGCCGAUCUCUCCUACAACUUUCAAACAAUCCUCAUUUGUGAACAGUUCCUUCUACUAUGCGAAUUUUUAUGCGAUUGAUUUCUAUGGCUCCAAUUUCAUGUUUGCUAAUAUGUUCUAUCUUCAAUGUAAAGGUUGUAAUUUUGAAAAAUCGAUUUUGAUUGGAACCAACCUGAGCAGUUCUGUAAUUUCUUCAGAAUAUGCUAGCAAACAACCGGCGACUUUUCGUUUGGUUAAAUUAUCAUACGCUACUGUUGAUUUAUCAAUAUUUCAGUCAUUAACUUUCGAUUAUUCAGAUUGGUCUCAUGUUCAAGCUAAACAAAUAAGAAUGAUAAACUGUACAUUCGUUAAUGCAACAAUGAUCAAUGCAUCAUUUGUAAAAGGCUCUCUAAGUAAUGUGUUAUUUCAACAAACAGAUCUAUCUUAUAUUGAUAUGACUUAUGCUAUCUUGAAGAAUAUUAGUUUUAUAGAUACAAUUAUGUAUUAUGCUAAUUUAAGUUAUAUCAAGUGUGAAUAUUGUAAUUUCAUAAAUAUUGAUUUACGAAAUAGUUUAUUAAGAAAUGCAUCAUUACUUUAUAGUAAUUUCGUGAAUUGUUCAAUCGAUGAAAAGCAAGUAGGAGAAAUAAUUGAUCUUGGUGGAUCAAAAUUACCCAAUGAAACUAUUGUCCAGAAUAAUAAUCAAAGAAUUAAUUUUUAUGAUUAG